AUGGAGGACAACAUGACGUGCUGCGGGCUGUGCGGGGGGGAGGAGCUCGCGCUGCGCUACAUCCGAUCCAACGUCUCUCUCGCGAUACAAGCCCUGGGCGGCAACGCUACUGCCGCUGCUCUUAAGCUCAUCGACCUCGCCAACCCGCCCUCGUCUGCGGGUGGGCUGGGGGCUGUGCGGGGGGCUGUGCGGGGGCCUGUGCGGGGGGCUGUGCGGGGGGAGGGGGGAGAAGCUCAGCUCGCGCUGAGAUACAUCCUAUCCAACAAACUUACUGGUUCCACUUGCUCGUUCCACUUGCUCGUUCCACUUGCUCGUUCCACUUGCUCGUUCCACUUGCUCGUUCCGCUUGCUCGUUCCACUUGCUCGUUCCACUUGCUCGUUCCACUUGCUCGUUCCACUUGCUCGUUCCACUUGCUCGUUCCACUUGCUCGUUCCACUUGCUCGUUCCCCUUGCUCGUUCCCCUUGCUCGUUCCCCUUGCUCGUUCCACUUGCUCGUUCCACUUGCUCGUUCCACUUGCUCGUUCCACUUGCUCGUUCCACUUGCUCGUUCCCCUUGCUCGUUCCCCUUGCUCGUUCCACUUGCUCGUUCCACUUGCUCGUUCCACUUGCUCGUUCCACUUGCUCGUUCCACUUGCUCGUUCCACUUGCUCGUUCCACGUGGCUCACAUGCCUGGCAGUGGGCUCACAUGCCUGGCAGUGGCAGUGUGCACAUCUGCUCGAAAUGGUCAUGUGCGACGCCUUCAAUCUCUCCUUCAAUCUAUCCCUCUCUGCUCCUCCCCUCCUCUCUGCUCCUCCCCUCCUCUCUGCUCCUCCCCUCCUCUCUGCUCCUCCCCUCCUCUCUGCUCCUCCCCUCCUCUCUGCUCCUCCCCUCCUCUCUGCUCCUCCCCUCCACUCUGCUCCUCCCCUCCUCUCUGCUCCUCUCACCUCCCUCCAUCCAGGCAUGCGAGGCCUUGCAGGGCUAUCCUCUGUGCGCGCAUCUACUCGAAAUGGUCAUGUGCGCGGCCGUCUGUGACGCAGCCCCCAUCUGCUCGAAAUGGUCAUGUGCAUGGCCGUCUGUGACGCAGGUACCACCACCUAUCCUCCUCUCUUUUCUCUCCCUCCUCUCUUUCUUCUCCUUCCUCUCCCUCCUGUCCCUUUGUUCCCUUCCUGUCCCCCGGGUCCCUCCUCUUUCUCCUAUACCUCCUCGUAUCUACUUGAAAUGGUCAUGUGCACUGCCGUCGGUGGUGCAGUUGGUCGCAUCGCCACCACCAUGGAUGCAUAUUCGUUCACCACCGAGGUUGUCACAGCCAUCGGCAGAAGCCUAUUCGGCAUUCCUUCCUUCGGCAGAAGCCUAUUCGGCAUUCCUUCCUUCACGGCUGUCGUCUCUUUUUCGGGAGGGUGCCUCUACGGCCCACCAACAGAUGACGCCUUCCCCCCCGCAACCAUCUGCUGUGAUCCGUUCAACCUGCACCCCUCCCAAUGCCCCCCAAGCUCUCUUCCCAACCCCCUAA